AAGUUAUUGAUUUUGAUACAAUUAUACACCAUGAAAUCACCGCUACCAGUACCGGAUUUCAAUGAUGACUGCAACUUCACCUUCAAGCAGGCCGGCCGCAAACAAUUUGUUUCGUACAUGCGACGGCCACCGAAACUGCUGCACCAAAGCUUUAGUCGCAGCUUAAACGCGUCCACUGCCAAAGUCAUCUCAUUCCGGGAGGAUGACCCACGGCAUCUCAGCACACUGUACAACCGUAGCAGGUCGGAAACGUAUUACGAACAGUGCUUCGAGCAGUUGUCCAAAGUAGGCGAAGGCUCGUACGGUGAGGUGUUCAAGGUGCGCUCUCGCACCGACGGCAAGCUGUACGCGGUGAAGCGUUGCCGUGGUGACCGAUGCCGGGAUCGGCAGUCGAGCUACGAAGAGGUUCGCCGUUACGAGCAGUUUUCGGAUCAAGAAAACUGCGUCAAGCUGCACUUGGCCUGGGAGCAGGACGAGCGGUUGUACAUGCAAAUGGAGUUGUGCAAAGGAAGCCUCGAGAAUGACGCCUGCCAGCCGAUGCCGACAAAGCGCAUCUGGUCGAUCCUGGUCGACCUGUUGCUGGCACUUAAGAGCCUCCACGAUCGUAACCUGAUCCAUCUCGACAUCAAACUAGCAAACAUACUCGUCACUGACGACGGUACUUGCAAGCUGGCCGAUUUUGGACUCGUGUUCGACCUCACCAAGGGCAACGUUCGCAACGCGACGGAGGGUGACUCACGCUACAUAGCUCCAGAGCUGAUGGAGGGUCGCUACUCGAAGGCGGCGGACAUUUUCAGUCUCGGGUUGGUGACUCUUGAGUUGGCCUGCAAUUUAGAGCUUCCGAUGGCGGGGCGCCUCUGGCACCGGUUGCGCAGUGAGCAACCCUUGCCAGACGAGCUGACGAGAACGAUGUCUCCAACUCUGCGAGAGAUCGUGCAGCGGAUGCUGAUGGCGCGACCAGAAGAUCGUGCUACGGUCGACGGACUGCUACUACAUCCUGUCAUCCAGAAGCUACGCGAAAGCCGUCAACGCUCGCGAUCGUCCCGUGGCAUUAGAGCGUUCCUCCAGAAAUGCAGCGCCUCCUACCUGCGCAAUAGGCUCCUUUGUUUGGGACGGUUCGUUGUGACUGCGGUCAUGUGGAUGGUAGACUGUUUCCGGUUGCAGCAUCGAAAGUUGCCAUCGAAAGACGACGGUGGGGAAUCGAAAUCAAGCAAGUGGUGGGACAGAAGCAACCUUUCUACUACUGUCGUUGGCAAUGGCACCCCGAAAGGCAUCAGUUUCGGUGCAUCGCUGUCGUUCGAGGAGCAAAGCAACGGCCGGAUGCCAGAGGAUUCGUUUUUCGAAACAAGCGCCACCGCAGAUGAAGAUGGUUCUGAGAGGAGGGUCACCGAUAAAGAUAGCGUACAAAGCACACCGACCUUGAACAACUCGGUGCCGACACACACACCACCGAUCCGGUUUGUUAAUUCGACUCCAUUGAGCCAGCACAAUUGGCGCCGGGUACAGAAUAGUCUGUUGCAACAGUUUCAUCUACAGAACCAAUCGGAAACACCGCAACUGAGCCGAGAUGUGCCUUGCUUACCGUUGCGUGAUCUAUGGUUCGGAGAAGAGGAUGAAGAUCUGCCACUGAUGCAACGAUCACGAUCGCGCGAAUACCCUGUCACGUCGUCCACCCCGUUACAUGGUCGUGCGGUAGCAAAGCGGCUCAAUGACAGUGACGGAGAUAUUCGGCCCCUUAAUGGAUCGCUACCGAAGCGCGUGGAGGGCGAGCAACACCCGUACGCCUUUGCCGGGUUCGUUACAGCAACACCAAAGUGUUCCUUUCAGAUGCUCUCUGGUAUUGGUGGCCGUGGUAAUGAUAGCAGCCCGGCCGCCACUACAUUCAACUGUGAUUCGGUGUCGUCUGGCUUUUCGUCGUUACCCAGUAAGAAAAGAUUGCACUUUGAUCUUGAUGAGGACUCGGAUUCCGGUUAGGAGCGUACAAGAUCCUGUUAUGUAGCUGAGCAACACCCUGCGCAGAGUUUGCGUCGUGCUUCCAACAUGAUUCUUUCGGUCACAAAAAGAUGUGGAGCUGCCACGAGAGCAACAGAUGUAAACACUAAACAUUGUGAUAGUUUUAUGUCAAACGUUACACAAACCGCUGCUCAUUACCCGUUCGUAAGCAGUUAUUCCUUAUCGCCCAGGAUAAGCAUAGGAGCUUCCCAAUCGCAUUGAGAUUAACCGGAUUAAUCAUUCGCACGAUCCAUCCCGUGCAGGAAAAGCGCUCGGCGAAAGUAUAAAAGCAUUUGGUUCCUGCCACUAGCACAAAACUUAUUUUGCGCUUCCUUUAGUCUUCUGCUCAAAAGAAGAGCAGCUAAACGUUAUCAUACACAAAAUGUGUACAAGAAUACGCUUGUAAAGGUGAUAUGUAAGAGUAGCUAUAGGUAUCUCCUGAGUAUGUGGUGAACGGUUCUACAAGAAUUCAGUAUACGAGUACAAGAGUGCACUUGUAUAACUAUUGAUAUGGAGGAGAGAUAUGCGGUGUCUCCUAAGAAACCAGUGCCCACAUCGAACGGCAAAUGGGUAAAGUAGCUUAACUUUAAAAGUGGCAUCCUUUGUGUUCAUAGGGCAACGGCCAGUUCGGUUUCGAUGCAAUUAGCUUUCGGGAAAAAAAUAAUUUUGGAAUUACAUUUUAUAUAAUAUCCAGAAUCGCAACCAGUCACUAAAAGAAGUAACUAUACAGGGGGUAAUCUUUGUCAAGAAAAAAUGAUAAACUGAACCGUCUAAAGUUUAUAACAAUUCCAAAAUUAUGUUACACAAUGUAUUUAAAAAUAAAUUCUUCAUUUCU